AAACUGUGUUGAGAGCAGAUGUGUGGUUGACAGAAUGCACUUUAUCACACUGAAGAACAUGUUUCACACAAUCUAAAGCAGCACUUCUUCAUAAUGCACAGACAUAUAGUGCAGAUCUAGAAGAAUUUCAACACUCAGAUCAUAGGAAGUUAAAACCACACGAGGAGCUGAGAGUAUUUAAAGAAAGAGUUGAGAGCAAAUGAUGAAGAGAAAGAGAAAAUGUCUGAGUGUCAUCUGUGUCUGCUGGGACUGAUCGCUCUCUCUUCACUUCUCACAGGUGUCAGUGGAGAGGAUGAUGUUCAUGUGUUCAUCAGAUCUGGUGAAGAUGUCCGUCUGCCCUGUAAUAAAGCUCCUCGUGCAUACAACUCAACUACAUGGGUUUAUAACAGUCAUUCAGCAGCAGUUGAACUGAUUGGUUUAGGGAAAAAGAGGAAAGAAACAGAGAGACAUGAGAGAGUGAGUCUGGGGUCUGACUGCUCUCUGAACAUCAGGAAGAUCUCAACAGAAGAUUAUGGAUCUUACUUCUGCCAACAAUGGACUGAGACUGGAACACGACUAAAACCUGACGCUCGUAUUUAUCUGCAUGUUCUUCAUGUCUCAUCCUCACAGACUCAGAUCAGUUCAGGUCUCUCUGUGACUCUCUCCUGUCGGCUGUAUUCAUAUCCUCGAGUCUCUUGUGAUGAUUCGAUCAGUUCUGAGGGAAUUCAUCUGUUCUGGGUGAAUCCGGCUGGUGUUAAACUGGAUAUAUCAGACUCCAGAUAUCAGAGAUCAUCCUCAUCAGAUCCCUGUAUCAUCUCUCUGACUACAACACUCCUGAAUGAAGAUCACAACAGAGAGUGGAGAUGUGAAGUUACUCAGAAAGAUCAAGUCAAGACCUCAGUCACAUUCACUGUCAAGAGAUCAGCUCCAGAUACAACAACGACAGCAGUCCCAGACUCUCAGGAUCUCUCAACUACAAACACACAGAAAACUACAGCUCCAGAUAAAGCAGAGACAGCAGGCCCAAACUCUCAGAAAACUACAGGUACACCGUCAUCAUCACAGUCUUUCUCAUUCAGUGCUGUGCAUCAUGAUAGAGUUAUCUUGUGUAAUAACUGCUCUUGUGGAAAAGAUGUAGUAUUAUAUUAG